AUCCGCUCAGUCUUUGGGAUUCUCCAUGGCCACGGGCCACUAGUUUCUGUGAAACUUCUUCGAGAUCAGCUCCGCGACGACCAUCGCCGAAGAAAGUGGAAGAAACUACGCAACAAUGAUGCUGAGAUCUCUCAAUCUUCUAUUAGGAUUUAAUGCAUCUCCAUUUCGGCGGUGGAACCCUCGUUGCUCUAUAUCUUUACCCAAGAUUGUUCCUCUUUUCGAUUCGAGCAUUACCUCAUCUCCCCAAUCUCGGCAGUUCUCCGUGUCCUUGCUCCCUAGAUACAGUAUUGGCAUUAAGGCUUUGCAGGUAUCUUCCAGUGGCUCGGAUUCGUAUACAGGCGGAGAAGCGGCCGCUGCGCCGGCGAUAGCGUCUCCAGUGGAGAAUUACGCGCAUAAGCCAAAAGAUAUAUUUUGCCAGUUUUGUGGGGGCCGAACAAAGCAAGUGAUACCUGAUGGAGAUGAGAAGAUGAGAGCAGUCUGCACAGUCUGUGGAGCAAUUCACUAUGAAAACCCAAAGAUGGUUGUUGGUUGCCUGGUGGAGCAUGAUGGUAAAGUUCUGCUUUGCAAACGGAAUAUUUACCCCUCUUAUGGCCUUUGGACUCUUCCUGCUGGUUACUUGGAAAUUGGGGAGUCAGCUGCUCAAGGGGCAAUGAGGGAAACCUUUGAAGAAGCAAAUGCUGAAGUAGAAAUUAUUUCACCAUUUGCUCACUUGGAUAUUCCUCACAUUGGACAAAGCUAUAUCAUAUUCCGAGCAAAAAUGAAGGAGCCUUAUUUUUCACCUGGUCCAGAGUCAUUGGAAUGCAUGCUAUUCACACUGGACGACAUACCCUUUGGAUCGCUUGCUUUUUCAUCAAUAUAUGUCACACUAAAAAUGUAUGCUGAAGAUGUCAAGAAUGAAAAGCUUAGAUUUCAUUACUGCACCAUAAACAAGAGGCCUGGGGCAAGCCCAUCUGAUCCAAAUGGUUUUGAUAUGGAACAUCACUUGCAGUCUUGAAGAUUACAGGUCAGUGUUGUGUGUUUUUUCUUGACCAUUUUGGCCUUCUCAAUCUGUAAUUCUUCUUCACUGAAAUGUGGGUUAGGAUGGGUUGCUUUAUGUAUGGUUAUCAAUUGCACAUGUUGAUAAAUAGAUUUUUUUUUUUAGUUAUUAUAAUUCUUUUGAGAUUUGAAACUGA